CCAAACAAAGCCCUGCAAACAAGUUCACCGAGUGCGGUCCUUUCCUUAACGAAGCUCAUUCCAUCAUAUAUCAAUAUCACGCCCGUUCAUUUCCACCGUUCUAAGUCUCCAACGGCACAGAUUAGUUCUAUGCAAAAAGCUAAUAUAGUACCGCUUCUAUCUGAAUCCCCCUCAUCUUCUUCUAUACAGACUCUACUUCCUCGAUCUUCAUCAUCUUCAUCGUCAUCGUCGUUUGCGUAGUGUUUACCCAGAAAUUGGUGGGAAAGAGAACCAUGGCCGUCUCUUUCCAAACAACUGCUUCUUCUCCCACAAUUCAUCCCCAACCUAGACUCUCUCACCCUCCUCCCAGUUGUGCUACGAAGCUUUAUUCGGGCUUAAAGCUUCAAUCUUCAGUUUUUGGAGCCGGAAAACCUAACUUGACGGCUGAGUUCUACAGAAAAGUGCAUAAGAGUCUUCAGCCUAGGACCCGAAACCAUAAAGCAACAAGAGCACAAGUUGGAAUGAUGCCUAUUGGGACACCAAGGGUUCCCUAUAGAACUCCUGGUGAAGGAUCUUGGCAAUGGGUUGACUUGUGGAAUGCCCUGUAUAGAGAACGUGUCAUCUUCCUUGGGCAAAACAUAGAUGAAGAAUUUAGCAACCAAAUUCUAGCGACCAUGCUGUACCUUGACAGUGUUGAUAACAAAAGGCUCUAUUUGUAUAUAAAUGGUCCCGGUGGAGAUCUUACUCCAAGUAUGGCUAUCUAUGACACCAUGCAAAGCUUGAAGAGUCCUGUUUGCACGCAUUGUGUGGGUUAUGCCUACAAUCUAGCGGCCUUUCUCCUUGCAGCUGGAGAAAAGGCUAAUCGGUAUGCGAUGCCUCUAUCAAGGAUAUCAUUGCAAUCUCCUGCGGGAGCUGCUCGUGGUCAGGCUGAUGACAUUCAGAAUGAAGCAAAUGAACUUCUAAGAAUUAAAGAUUACCUUUUUAAUGAGUUGGCUAAGAAAACAGGCCAGCCAGUUGAGAAGAUUAACAAAGACUUGAGUCGGGUGAAGCGCUUUAAUGCUCAGGAGGCUCUUGAAUAUGGACUGAUUGAUCGCAUCGUCAGGCCUCCUCGCAUUAAGGCUGACGCACCACGCAAAGAUGCAGGAACAGGUCUUGGUUAGUGAAUUUGUUGCUCACCUUCCAGAUUUUCUGAUACCAGGUGUAGGGUUGAGAAUGCUUCCGAAGUUUAUUUUGUGCUUCUGUAAUUGGCUAUAAUCUUGUUGUUAGAAACCGUUGCAUAGAAAGUUGUCUGUUUUUUUACAUUUAAAUCACACUUAUAUAAAGGAUUUUUUUUUUUUUUUUGGGGGGGGGGGGGGGGGGGGUACUACAAAACUUGUAUGAUGGAGUUUGGAAAGCAUUAUUAUUAUUAUUACUACAUGUGGCUUAUUUGGAUAAAAACGACAUCCACAAACGCUGUGUUGUGUAAUUCGGGGGAAAAUACGAGUGGUCGUUUUUCCUUUUUAAUCACAUAGAAGGACGACAUUUUUAAGUAGUGAAAAUGAAUGUCGUUUGGGUGAUGUUGCUUUCUGAAACGACACGUAUUUUGUUCAAAGUGACUGAAC